UCAAGUUCAGAUUCGACUAGGCAGGCACCGGAUAAUCAAGUUUUCGAGUGCAUAAUAACUUGGAGACACCAACGACUGGUAGACGAGACGGUUGGUCCUUAUUUCGUAUUCUUGACUUUCGUGUUCAUUCGUGUUUUGCGCAACAAGUUGGACAAAUGAUUAUUACAUGAUUCGUAAGAAAAUGGAAACAGUACAGUAAACCAGUUCAAUAGAAAUGUGCGACGAUAUAAAGUAGUUGCUGAUGAUCGUAGUAGGUGCAUACUUACUAUUAAGAAAAUUCUUGGAAUACUUGGUGGGGAACCAGUUGGCCGAGGAUGGCCAUACAGUUCAUCAUCCCUGCUAGUACAAUUGCGAACGUGCCAGUCGUAACUGUUCAAUGAAUUCGUGUGUGAUAUGAAAUCCGUUUUACAAUCAGGAAUAAAGAAUCAAAUGAUAUUACUAACGCGAUGAACUCGUUCAUUAUUAUUUUUAAUGUUUAAAAUGUGGAUACAGAAAAAUUAUUGGAAGAAAUGAUUAAGAUUAAAUUGGAAUAUCUUAUAAAAUGAAUAUAACAGGAAAAAUGAAGUUAAGUUAUCUUAUUUUAGUAGUAAUUUUUAACUAUGUUUACGUAGAAACACGGGCAAACCAUGAAUCAAGUGAGGAAUAUCUUCAAAAAGUGAUGUUUCAGCUUCAAGAGUUUAAUGUCCCUUCCUCGGUCAACGUUUAUGAUCGUUUAUCGUGGAGAAAUAAUCAUAAGAAUGUACCAACUUAUGAGAAUAAACAAAAUUAUCAGAGAAUUAAUAAGAACGAACGACAAAAUGGAAAUUAUAAGAAUCAAAGCGCACAACGUUACAAUGUACCAAUUAAUGAGAAAAUCGAGUUCCAUCGAGCUGAUUUUGAAAAUUCUCUUCCUUAUUAUCCGUCUCAGCCGUCAACCAUUAUUAAGGUGCAAGAACCUGAAGUACUUGGAUAUACACGAGCGGAACUGGCAGCGAUGUAUAAAAACGCAUUGGACAAAGGCUCAACAGUCAGUUUGUCUUCUUUAACUAAUGCAGUCUCUUCCGGCGAGAUGCCUCAAGUUACGCAGACUCAUGCGGAGUUUCCGGUCAACCAGCCUCUCUAUCAAUAUUAUUUUUUUCCAUUAAAGACAUUCAUGUCAGAAUUCAAAAGAAAUCACGGGUACAAGACAAUCCCUGAACCUGCAUUUGACAAUAAGGUUGCUGCACAAGUCACGCAAACCCAACUAUCACAUCCACUUUUUGCAGCCAUAAGUACGUUUGUUACCAUGGCGAUUGUAUUCAUGAUGAGCGUUCUAUUUUUACCAAAACUUACUCAAUUAGAUAUAUUUCACGCGCGGAGUAUUCAAGACGAUUUCUUUUAUUUAUCGAAUAUCGUUAAAAACGCUAUCGAGCACUAUAAUGUUUUAGAAAAAUGUUGAGAACCUCCGAGUCGAUUCCGUUCUGAUAUUGCCUCCAUGAACCUUAAAUUUCUGUAAUUAGUUAUUAGAUUAAUACCUGUAAAACUGAAAUGACACUUUGUGAUCUGACAAAAUAUAUUUUAUAACAUAUGUAUAUUAUUUAAUUACAUUUGUUAUUAGUUGGAUAAAUUUUAACAAAAAAAACAACACACAGUUAAACAAAACAAUCCUUAUUCAAUAACAUUAUAAUAUACUAAACUUUAUUCUUAAAAAAUGUAAUAUGUAAUGUCUUACAGUUUUCUUUUGUACAUAAAUAUUAAUAGAAUUGUAUAAAGUUAAUAACUAGACGUACCAGGUAUUCGAUUACAGGUAGGUACCCUUUGAGAGGUGGUAGCUGGAGUGAUUUCGAAUAACUUUUUCCUUAACACCUACCAUCAAUCAGAGCCCGCAUACCGCGUAACGGAAAAAGUUGUUCAGAGUUACCCUAGCUACCGCCAACUCAAAGGAUGCCCAUCUGUAGCCAGACACCUUGUAUAUUAAAUAAUACAACAUUAUUAAUUGCUACUAUAAACAUCUACAAGUAUUGUGCAUUUUUGUAAUCAUAGUUUAGUAAUAAAACUAUAGACAUAUAAUUUAUUUUGAUCUAUUCAAGGGAAUGUAUGCGUGUGCGAUUCUAUUUAAGAAUUAUCUAAAUUUGCAAUAAAGAAAUUAGGUAUUCUUGUAAAAGUAUAGCUAUAUAAAUGUUGUGAACUGUACAAUAUGAAGAAUAUAGAGAGGAAGGCACACUCUGGAGUAAUACCUG